GAGGAGUACAAAAACGGUUCCUGUUUUGUUUUCUUAUGAUUGCUUAAGUCGUUAUUUGUUAUAGGAAGACAAAGGCCACUCUGUGGUGUGCAUGGUUCUAUUCCUUAGAUGGCUUGCUUUUCAGUUCUUCUCUCACUUUUGUUGGGUAUCUUUCUGGAUUUUUUUUUUUUAAGGAAAACAACAAUCUCUCAUAUUCUUACUUCAAGUUGUCUUGAUGUCUUUGUGCCUCUUUCCUCCACAUCUCACAGGGCUGGACUCUCUUAACCUCAGUUUAGUGAGUUCCUGUUACCCCAGUCUCGUUUACUCUGCGCUGGUUCCCAGCCUUCUGCUAGGGCUAAAGGCUUCAGAGCUGAAGUCAGAGGCACUUUAACUUCCAACCCAUGUACCCCGCGGGAAAGGAAGACUUUGUGAGCCAACUCUGGGCGAGUGCUGGGACCGCCCCUGUCUCUUCUAGAGCCCAGCCAGCGUAUCUCUGCCCCGCCUGGCCCCUCCGCAACAACUCGCAAGCAAUCUAAAUUGCUUGCCUGGAUGCCAGUACGGGACUUGCCCCCCGGAAGGCGCUGGAGGGAGCAGCUCCUCCUCUAUACUCUAGCUACCAGCCCUGGCUAGGGCAGGUGAGGCACAGGAGCAUUGAGAGCUACCGGAUAUUGUAGUAAAGAGGUCACUGUGCACUGUGCGCACAGGCAGGAGACCCAAGUAAGUCUGCCCUUGGUGCGAGUUGGGGGCCGGAAGGGAGCUCCGGAUUUCGGUCCCUCCCCUUUUCCCUGCUCUGUCUUGGAACACUGGGGCCAUCAGACCCUGCUACUGUCUGGUACCUGCCUGGAGGAGAGAUCGUCUCUCCUCCACGCCCUCCACCAUGGACAAUUCUCCCAAUAACUCCAGGCACGUGGAGGACUGCAAGAGUCGUCAGUGGCUCUGUUCAGGGGAAAGCCCAGCCAUCAGCUCGGUGAUGUUCUCAGCCGGGGUUCUGGGGAACCUCAUCGCACUGGCCCUGUUGGCGCGCCGCUGGCGUGGGGACACCGGGUGUAGCGCCGGCAGCAAGACCUCUAUCUCUUUGUUCCACGUGCUGGUAACAGAACUGGUGUUCACCGACCUGCUGGGGACCUGCCUCAUCAGCCCGGUGGUGCUGGCUUCGUAUUCGAGAAACCAGACCCUUGUGGCCCUGGCUCCCGAAAGCCGCGCGUGUACCUAUUUCGCUUUCACUAUGACCUUCUUUAGUCUGGCCACGAUGCUCAUGCUCUUCGCCAUGGCCCUGGAACGCUACCUCUCCAUUGGGCAUCCUUACUUCUACAGGCGCCACUUCUCGCGCCGCGGGGGUCUGGCGGUGCUGCCUGCCAUCUAUGGAGUCUCCUUGCUCUUCUGUUCCCUGCCGCUGCUCAACUACGGGGAGUAUGUCCAGUACUGUCCUGGGACGUGGUGCUUUAUCCAGCACGGGAGGACUGCAUACCUUCAGCUGUAUGCCACGAUGCUCCUGCUGCUCAUCGUGGCUGUACUCGCCUGCAACAUCAGCGUCAUCCUCAAUCUCAUUCGCAUGCACCGUCGGAGCAGAAGAAGCGGAUUGUCAGGCAGUAGCCUAAGAGGCCCUGGAUCUCGCAGGAGAGGGGAAAGGACUUCGAUGGCAGAGGAGACGGACCACCUCAUUCUCCUGGCCAUUAUGACCAUCACCUUCGCCAUAUGCUCCUUGCCUUUCACAAUCUUUGCUUAUAUGGAUGAAACCUCUUCCCUGAAGGAAAAGUGGGACCUCCAAGCUCUUCGAUUUUUAUCAGUUAACUCUAUAAUUGAUCCUUGGGUCUUUGCCAUCCUUAGGCCACCGGUCCUGAGACUAAUGCGCUCAGUCCUCUGUUGUCGGACUUCACUGAGAACACAAGAAGCUCAGCGAACUUCCUGUUCUACCCAGUCCAGUGCCAGUAAACAGACUGACCUUUGUGGACAGUUGUGAGGAUGUGCUUCAUGAGGGAAGCCCUGCAAAAGCCUUUAAAUGGCUUCUUUGGAGAAACAUAAAGGGCUGGAAUAUAAACAAAAUGGCCGUGCUCUGAGAAAGCAAAUGAAGCAGACUUUAUGAGGUGGCUUGGGCUUCAGAUUUGAUGACAGGGCCCUUUGUGGAAAGUGUCAGGGGAUGUACAAAGUUCACAUUAUGUGGCCUUUGAAGGACAACUGGCUACAUUUACUAUCCAGUUGAUUUAAGCUUUCCUGUUGAAUGACAAAGCAUGUGGUUUUGCAAUUUGUUUUAAAACGCUACGUGGUUACUGCCUCCUGUUUUCAUUUUGAUGCCACUGCCGUUAUAAAUGCAGUCAGACUAAAUGAAACUCAUUCUCUAGGAAGUCAAUUCGUCCAAGCAAUGAAGCAACCAGAACAGACAAGUUGCUGUCUCGUGAUUGCUUAAUGGACUCUUUAUUUGGACCAUGAAGUUGAAAGUCACUGGCCCCUUUUACUGUGCAUGUUCAUGUGAGAGUCCUCUCCAAUCACUACUGUGCCACCCUUGAAAGGAUGCCCACCCUUUAUGAGCUCUGUCAUAUUGUCAGAUUAUUUAUUCUGUCUUGUCUAUUGUGAGGAGGCUACUGAAGGAAACUUCAGAAAUUUGCCUCUUACAAAGAAAUAAUAAAAAAAAAAUCAAUUCUAA